AUGGCGCCCUCCACGUCGCUCUCAUCGCAUGAGCGAACCCGAGUGGAAGACUAUUUAAAUGACAAGAUUCAAGUCACGCCCGACCUUGAGAGUCUCGACUCCCUCCUCUCCAACCUCCGCGCUCAGCAGGAGCUUCAACGAAAGCAGCUAGCAGAGGCACAGGAAGCUCUAUCGAACGCAACGAAGGCGUCCAUUGACCAUGCUGAAGCCACUCGUAAACGCGCCGAGACAUUUGCGGAGGAACAGGCGGACAUCGACCGGCGCUUGAAGGCCAUUACGCAAUCCGAAACCAGCGAUGAAGCAGUGCAUCGACUAGAGAAGAGCAUGGAGAGGUUCCAACGCCUGGAGUUAUCUAAGGGAUAUGUGGAGCUACUAAGGGAGGCGGAAGAGUUGAGCAAGGAAGCCCUCGCCAGCAUCUCCUCCGAGCCUCGCACCGCACUGAAGCCAUAUGCCCGACUCCGCAAUCUCGUGUCUUCGCUGAAAGAAGUCCAACCCGCCGCCGAGGGAGCUGCGCCCCACCUUAUCGACUAUACCGAGAAACUCGCGUGUGCAUUGAGACAACAACUGAAGAAGUUCUUCAGCGAUCGACUGCAAAAAUCACUCGAAUCUAUGAAAUGGCCAACCCGGGAACUAAAUAUCACCGAUCCAUUGUUAGAUCAGUGGAGGCAGGAUGUUGAGUUACUUAUCGAUUUACAAACGCCCGAGCUACCGGGCCGAGAUGCGUUAGCACCUGGUUCCACUAUUCAGCCUCCAGUCCUCUUCCCAUUAGAGAUGAUGGUGCAUUCGCUCGAGCUCCGAUUCAAAUAUCACUUUAGCGGCGACAAGCCAACCAACAGGCUUGACAAGCCUGAAUAUUUCUUGUCCCACGUCAUGGAUCUAAUAAAUCAAUUCGGAGGCUUCUUCACAUCAUAUCUCCAACCUAUUCUUGACGAAAAGGCCCAGGCUGCGGAUCAAUGUUUUGAGUGGAAUUUCUAUAAUGCACUGCAUGCUUUUAUUAACGCUCUUCUGCCCAUCCUGAGGCAAAAAAUCGAUUCAUUUCUUCCUCAGAUCGCAGACCACCCCCAGUUACUGAGCCACUUCAUCCACGAGCUCAUGAAUUUUGACAACGACAUUCGCGAGACUUGGAAUUACCUACCAGAUCCCUACCAAGAAGGAAAUUGGAGGGGGCUGACCUCGGAGGUUCUGACAAAGCAGGGCUGGUACGAUCGUUGGCUUCAAGUCGAGAAAGAAUUCGCAUUAGCUCGAUACAGAGACAUUAUCGACAAUCCUGAUAGUGGGCAUAUCGACUAUGAUGGCAUCGAGCUCACCGCGACUAAGCCGACUAAGGCUGCAAUCCGUGUAAACGAUCUUCUGGAAACUAUCACCGAACGUUAUCAACCUUUGACUUCGUUCAGUCAGAAACUCCGAUUCUUGAUUGACAUUCAAAUCACAAUUUUCGAUCAAUUUCAUGAGCGUCUCCACUCCGCUUUGGAGGCAUAUCUUGCCAUGACAUCUACACUCGGUCGCACAGUGCAGGGUGCUGAUGGCCAAGCCAGCGUGGAAGGUGUUGCGGGCCUUGAGCGACUCUGCAGAGUCUUCGGCAGUGCCGAGUACCUUGAAAGGAAAAUGGAAGACUGGAGCAACGAUGUGUUCUUUGUUGAGUUAUGGUCCGAGUUACAAGAACGGGUUCGCCAAAAUCGCGACGGUGGCAAGAAUGUCGCGGGCAACAUGUCCAUUGCGGAAGUGGCAUCUCGCACGUCUCCAGCCGUGGCAACCAACGACGCAACUAGUGAACAGUCCUCAUCUGAUGGUGCACUCUUUGAUGAAACCGCCUCUGCCUACCGCCGUCUUCGAUUGCGAUCUGAAUCCAUCAUCAUCUCGACGUUGACUUCGAACGUAACGACUGCUUUGAAACCUUACUCUCGUGUAUCGACCUGGGCAACUAUUUCCACACCCUCCACAGGUGCUUCAUCAUCUCCUCUCUCCCUAACAUCUGACCUGGCACAUGCAAUCCGCACCCUAUCCACCCAGGUCUCCUUUCUCUCUAGUGCACUUGGUGUUGCUUCUCUUCGCCGGGUUUCCCGCCAGCUUCUCCUUUCCAUACAGACUUAUAUCUGGGAUAACGUACUGAUGAGAAAUGCGUUUUCUGCCACGGGUGCGGCACAGCUGUUCAGUGAUGUGGACCAUAUCUGCAAUGUGAUCGACACCUCCCUUGGUGUAGCCGGUCAUGCUGGGGGUGCUCUACAGAUUGUGAAGAAGUUGAAUGAUGGCCUGCGUCUCCUCCAACUGGAUGCAUCGCCAGCUGAAGAUGGCACCGAUGAUGCAGAAUCGAACCCAGGGUUGUGGGACGUGGAGAGGAGGUUAUUUAAGGACAACGAGAGUGCCCGGACUGCGCUUGUCGAGCUAGAGGUCGAUGGGCUGACGGAGGCCGAAGCUCGGUCGGUGCUGGAGCGCAGAGUUGAGAUCGGAAACUAG